AUGAAAUAUUUGGUGAAAGAGGUGGAAGUUGUAAAACUCUCCCUUAAUCAUUCGUCCCAUCGAUCGCACUACUGUAAUUAUUUGACCGCCAAUAAGCUUCUCAAUUACCUUGAACCACACACAUGGUUCACCCCAAGCUUUCAAAGACGGUUUGAUUUGAGCAUGUCAUGGGAUUUCACUUUCAAAUUAUUUUGUCAUACUGAGUUGAAUCGUGCUUUAGGGAAGGGACACAAAAUAUUUUCGAGAAAAAAAAUCUCAAGGUUACAAAUGAAUGAUGAUGAUGAUCUUUAUAAAUAUUCAGCGAUCGUCCUGGGAGAUGAUAAGAUGGAAUGA